AUGGCGUUGAAUGCCUCCGCUUGUGUUGAAGUGAGAGACACCACAUCAGCGAGUACCAACUCCGACACAAACUCAGUUUUCAAUUCGCCUCCCCAACAACCAACCAGCCAGCCAGCCAGCCAAAACCAAGUCAUGCGUCUGUACGCCUCUCGCUUCCGCGCCCUCGUCGUCCUCCUCCUCGCCAUCAGCUCCCACCGCGCCAAAGCUUCAACAUGCAGGACUCUGCUUGAUUCCGACAGUACCCUGGCCCAGUCGCUUGCAUCCUGGACCGAAACCGACUUGUCGCCGGUCGACUUCGCCACCGUCUUCAAGGAGAUCAACACAGCGCUACCGACACUGUCUAUGCGAUCUACACGUCACUCGUCAGCUCCUCCACGGUCAAUUGAAGACAUUGACGAAGACCUCGGCACCUCGGAGGGCUGGUCCAACUUCUGCUCCGUGCUCGAAGACACCAUCAUGCCGUGUGCCAAGACUGUCAUGACCGACAUCGUCAUGGACGCGCUCAACAGCGUAGACGGGUGCUGCGACGACUUCCUCAACGACGUCAAGACGCUGUUCGGUGACUCGCUCGACGACCUGGCGAUGAAGCUCGGGCAGCUCAGUGUCAACGUCAAUUGCAGCGAGAGGACGUUCACGAACUUGAACGGCGUCUCCAAGAAGGAAAUGUGUGGCUACUCCACCUUCAAGGCCUUCACAUUCAUCGAAUCGGAAGAAUCUGCCACGUAUGUGCUGGACAACAUGCUGCAGAUUCCGAACGACGAGAUGUGCGACGCGUUUGCCGGCAAGGAGUUCACCACCACGAACGACAUCACCGCAUCCAUCGGCAUCGGUACCAAUGAUAUCGACAGUAUGGGCAUCUGCCUCCAGCCCAUCGACUCGUUGCUGCAGCACAUCAGCUCUUGGGAGAUCUUUUCGGAGACUGUGGACGUAAACGACACGACCGUGCUGCUCUCGGAUCUCUUCACCUCGGGCAAGUCCAUUAGCGGCGAUCUGCUGUUCGACUACGCUACGUCGGAGUCGGGCCUGUCGCGGAUGGGCAUUCGAGCCGCCGACGCGGUGAUCUACGCGAUGGGCGGCGUUAGGAACGAAGACGACGAGGUUGAGAGCAGCACAAUCAUCGAGGACUGGUUCGUGGAGACUCUGAACAGCGUAAAUUCGUACGGCGAGGGCCUGCAGGUGCACAUUCCCAACGGCGGUGGCUGCACGUACCCGGACCAGUCGAUCACUCUGCCGCGGAUCAACCACGCUCGUCAAUGCGCAGCGGCACCAACGCAGCACAUUAUGCAAGAAUUAUUAGCAUAUCUCGAUGAGCUUUAA